CGGCCAUUUACAACCAACAGUUUCUUUUUUUCCCGUUUUGUCGUUCAUUCUAUCCGGGCAUAACGUUAAGAGGGAAGGAAUCGAUAUCACUAGACAAACACCAAACACAACCGCCACUCAUUUUGCGUCUACGAACCCUCCAGUGCACACACUCGUUCUGCGCCUCGUCAUGGCGCUCACGCCCGUUCGAGGCACGCUGCCUCUCACUGACGAAUGUCACCACUACGACGACGUGAGGGAGGUGCCUUGGGAGCUUAAAAAAUACUGGCACCAGCGCUACUCCAUCUUCACCUAUUACGACUACAACAUCCGCCUCACCGACGAUGCCUGGUUCGGCGUGACCCCCGAGCCCGUAGCUACUCAAGUCGCCAAGGACAUGCGCUCGCACAAGCGCUCCAACCCGCCCAAGGACAUCAUCGUCGACCUGUUCGCCGGCGUCGGCGGCAACACCAUCGCCUUCGCCCUCUCGGGCAAGUGGGACCGCGUCGUCGGCAUCGAGAAGGACGCCGCGACGCUCGCCUGCGCCCAGCACAACGCGGCCGUCUACGGCGUGCCCGAGGGCGCCAUCACCUGGGUCCAUGCCGACUGCCUCGACUUCCUCGCCCGCCUCAAGAGCGAUGCCGAGGCGGCGGCGGCGGAGAUAAGGGAUGAUGAUGAUGUUGUUGAUGAUGAGGAGAACAAGGAGACGCGGAGCAACAAGAAGAACAAGAAAAAGAAGAAGGCAAAAAAACACCGGGGCCUCGAUCCGUCCCUGAGGCUGGACCUGUCCAAGACGGUCCUGUUCGCCUCGCCGCCCUGGGGAGGCGUGAGCUACCGCGACCAGGACGUCUUCGACCUCGGCACCAUGGAGCCCUACAACCUCGCGACCCUGCACGAGGCCUGCCGGCCGAUGGAGCACGCCCUGUACCUGCCGCGCACCAGCGAUCUGCGCCAGAUCGCCGAGCUGGUGCCGGACGGCAGCGACGUCAAGGUCGAGGUGGUGCAAUACUGCAUGGAGGGCGCCAGUAAGGCCAUGGUGGCCUACUUCCCAGCGGAAUGAAUGAAGCUGAUGCAGAC